GGUCGGUGCCUGCAGGUGGCGGCGGAACCGCGCUCCGCCCCGCGGGCCCCGGGCCUGCGCCGAGCGGCCGGGCCGGGCCAUGACGGGCGAGGCCGUGCGGGCGCUGCUGCAGCGGCUGCGGGAGCUGCAGGGCGAGCGGGUCGAGACGUACCGGCUCUUCGAGGAGGGCCACCGGGCGUACCUGAGCAAUGCCCCCCACUAUGAUUUCCCACGGUACCGGCAGCUGGUGCACGAGGUCACCGUGGCCUUCAGUGGCAUCUCCCGGGAGGUGCUGGACAUCGCUGGGCGCCUGCGGGAUGAGCUCGGCCGCCCCGACCUGGCCCAGCACCUGGCCCGGCUGCAGGAGCGGGAGCAGGAGAAGCUGCAGCUGACGGCGCAGCUGCAGCUGGCCCAGCAGCAGGCACAGGACCAGCCCGAGGUGGACGCCCAUCAGCAGGAGGUGCGGGAGCUCAAGCACAAGCUAAUUAAAACCAUUGAGGCAAUCAGCGAAAUUCUCCAGGACCUUAAGUACGAUUCGGAAGAAGUUGAGUGAUGGGUGUCCCCGUGGGAACGGCUGGAGGGGCCGGGCUGGUGGAACGGGGGCCCCGCUCGCCCCCCACCCGCUCCCGGCGCACCUCGGCAAGGUGGGCAUUGUCCUCUCGGCCCCUUCUCUGGAGCACAGGCUGGAACGGGUGGAGAAGGCCCUCCUGGGACAAGUGGGGUCCCCCUAAAUCCUGAGUAUCCCUCAGCAGAGGGGUCCGGCGUGGGGCUGGUUACCCUGCCCGGCUGUGCCGGGGCUGUGCCGAACACAAACCACAAUCUCCGGUGCCAAGGGGCUGCCAUGCUUCGGCCUCCAUCAAGGUGGGCACUGUCCUUGCUGCCAGCUGGAGUCCCACGGGCAGCAGCCCCCCCCAAAACCACAUCUUGGAGACCGGCUGUGCCCCCAGCCCCACAGCUGGCGCUCCACAAGCGCUUUUGCUGUGGUCACCCCAAAUAAACCUGUCCCCGUGGA